CAGGAACUGUAAUAGCCGGCUGUUGAAGUGAACUGUUCCUGCACUGCUGCUGCGGAGUCUGUCAGGAUUCUGAACUGAGAAAUAAUCCAAUAUAAUAAUAUAAAAUAAUAUCAGUGACAGUGUGAGGAUGAGCGAGGAACAUUACCUGGAGCUGUGUGAGAACCCGGUGCAGUUUGAACAUGCCUCCAGCGUCAACAACGUCUUCUUCGACGAGGCUAACAAACAGGUGUUUGCCGUGCGUUCAGGUGGAGCCACGGGGGUGGUGGUCAAAGGUCCGGACGACAAGAGCAGCGUUGCCUUCAGAAUGGACGAUAAAGGAGAAGUGAAGUGUAUCAAGUUCUCCAUCGGAAAUAAGAUCUUGGCAGUUCAGAGGACUUCGAAAUCUGUGGACUUCAUCAACUUCAUACCCGACUAUCCACACACAGAGUUCACCCAGGAAUGCAAGACGAAGAACGCGAGUGUUUUGGGUUUCUGUUGGACCAACUGGAAUGAGAUCGUCUUCAUCACAGAUCAGGGAAUAGAGUUCUACCAGGUGUUUCCAGACAAACGCAGUCUGAAGCUGCUGAAGAGUCAGAGCAUCAACGUGAACUGGUACCAGUACUGUCCCGAGACCACCGUCAUCCUGCUGUCCACCACCGUGCAGGGAAACAUCCUGCAGCCCUUCGCCUUCAGGAAUGGAACCAUGUGCAAGAUGUCCAAGUUUGAGAUCGAGCUGCCGGUCGUCCCCAAACCUGCCAAACUCAGCCUGUCGGAGAGGGACAUCGCCAUGGCAACCAUUUACGGUCAGCUGUUUGUGAUGUAUCUGAAGCAUCACUCAAGAACGGCCAACAGUCCCAGUGCAGAAGUGGUGCUCUAUCACUUACCAAGGGAGGGAGCGUGUAAGAAGACGCACGUGUUGAAGCUGAACACGACGGGGAAGUUUGCUCUGAACAUCGUGGACAACCUGGUGGUGGUUCAUCACCAGAGCACCCAGACGUCUCUGAUUUUCGACAUCAAGCUGAAAGAACCAGAUACUGCCGUGAACAUGCACCAACCUGUCCUACCUGCCCGAUCCAUACACCCCUACAGGAUACCGCUGGCAGGUCCAGCAGUCGUUCCCUCUCAGCCUCCUGUACCAUGUCAGCUCUACUCUUCCUCCUGGAGCGUUUUCCAACCCGACAUCAUCAUCAGUGCCAGUGAAGGUUACCUGUGGUACUUGCAGGUGAAGUUGCCUCCGGCUGUCAACCUGCUGCAAGACAAAGGCAAACUGAUGGACUUCCUGUUACGACGGAGAGACUGCAAGAUGGUCAUCCUGUCUGUCUGCUCACAGAUUCUGGAGGGCGGGGAGAAGGGAAGUCUUCCUGUCGUGGCGACUGUCUUUGACAAACUGAACCAGGUGUAUAAAGAAUACCUGGAGGCAGAGCAGACCUACACCGCGGCGAUGGAGUCCGGGCCGAGUCGAGGCAGCGCAGCACACAAACGUCCAGUCAGAACGCAGGCGGUCAUCGACCAAUCAGACAUGUACACGCACGUCCUGUCAUCCUUCACAGAGAGGAAGGGUGUCUCCCAUAAAUUCAUCAUCGCCGUGCUGAUGGAGUAUAUCCGCUCUCUGAACCAGUUCCAGAUCACCGUGCAGCAUUACCUGUAUGAGUUGGUGAUAAAGACGUUGGUGCAGCACAACCUCUUCUACAUGCUGCACCAGUUCCUGCAGUAUCACGUCCUCAGCGACUCCAAACCACUGGCGUGUUUGCUUCUGUCUCUGGAGAGUACGUACCCUCCUGCACACCAGCUGUCACUGGACAUGUUGAAGCGUCUGUCCACGGCCAACGAUGAGAUCGUGGAGGUUCUGCUGUCGAAGCAGCAGGUUCUGGGUGCGCUCAGAUUCAUCCGCAGUGUCGGUGGCCAUGACAACGUGUCAUCCAGGAAGUUUUUGGACGCAGCGCGGCAGACCGGAGACCAGAUGUUGUUCUACACCGUGUUCAGGUCGUUCCAGCAGAGAAACCAGCGGCUGAGAGGGAGUCCCAGCUUCAACCCCGGAGAGCACUGUGAGGAGCAUGUGGUUCACUUCAAGCAGCUGUUUGGGGAUCAGGCUCUGAUGAAACCCUCCACUGUGUGAACCUCCUAGGACCAAAACCCUCAGACUGUAAACUUGCCUGGGUCGGACUGCCUCUCCACCUGUUUAGACACACAGGAAGAUCAAGAGAAGACCAAUCAACAUGGAGAACAGAUCAUCAUGGGUUACAUGCACACUCGUAAAUCAUUUCUAUUAUCCUGUUUCAUGUUUGCACAAAUAAACAUCAUAUCCUGGUCAUAUAGUGAGACAUGGACCUGAUCCAGGUCUCUGACGCAUGCAGUGGGUCAUCAGUAAGAAAAUCAUACAAUAAAUAAUUAAGUCUAAUUGACUUAUUUAUGUAGAACACAAGAUUUCCGAAACUUAAUUUGAGUUGAUGGAGUAUCGGUAUUAUUAUCAGUCCCUCCAGAAAAACGCGAUCAAAUUUUUUUAAAUAUGCCGCACUUUCGCCGCAUAAAUUGCCGAUUUUCACGCAAAAUAUGCGGGG